GCUUCUGACUGUUUCUGACUGAAUUGUUGUGGACUUCUAACCUCAAUCACGAGAAUUGACACAGUCACUUGUGUAAUCAACAAUUAACACCCAUUAAUUAACAAUUCAUUUUUAUAUACGAAUUCGCAGAGUUUUAGUCAAUCGGUUCUACCAAAAAUUAGGAGCCAAAAAAAAAUCACUCCAAUGAUGUAUGUUCAUUCGACGAUCACUUAUUCAUGAUUCAUCGAGAACAAUUCCUAUUUUUUCUACAUUUUGUUUCGUGGUUUUCACUUGAUAAUUAUUUUUUCUGAAUGCAGAAGGUCUCCGGGAGUUCCACCAGCUGAUUUGUUCCAGGUGUCAAUAAUGAGAUAGAAAAAAAAACGGUGACGAGUCAAAUUUCGUAUAAAAAAUAAAGUAUAAUGGAUUUCGUAUGUAUAAAAGACAUUCGACCUGGACAGAAGAACAUAAAUGUGAUGUUCAUAGUGUUAGAGGUGGGUCAUCCUACGAUAACUAAAGAAAAUCGUGAAGUGAGAACUUUCAAAGUGGCUGACAGUACAGCGUGUAUGAAUGUCUCGAUUUGGGACGAACCUGGACAACUGCUGGUACCUGGAGACAUCGUCAGGUUGACGAAAGGCUAUGCCUCGGUCUGGAGGCAGUGUCUGACACUGUACUCAGGGAAAAAUGGAGAUAUUCAGAAGAUCGGGGAGUUCUGUAUGGUUAUCAAUGAGCAAAUGAACAUGAGCGAGCCCAACCCAGCGUUGGCACAACAGCUGGUGAAUCAAGGGGGUUCAGGCCCCCCUGGCAGCAAUAUUAAUAGCAAUAUUGUUAAUAAUGGGAAUGCCAAUAACGUAUCCAAUUCAUCCAGACAGCCUUUGGCAACUAAUACGACCUCGUCCACUGCCUCCACCUCCUCAACAGCACCAGCUGGAAACUCAACAAAAACGGGAAAUAAUUCCGGGAGCACGACGUCAGGACUUCCUGGAGGCUCGGCUAGAUUUAGCGGUGAUACGAUAGCCACGAAAACAACUGGCAAAACAAAUGUGAGGGGCAAAGGUGGAUACAGAAAUGGAGGUCGCAGUGAGCGCAGAUAAUACUUUACAUUUAUUUUCCUCAAACGACUCAAUGACUCAUUCAACGAGUGGUGCAUCCACUGGAACUAUCGAUCGGAGCUGAUCCAAGUGCUAUUGAUCAUUGUAAUUUUGUAAUUUCACCUAAGAAUUACUUUAGAUGUAGUGAUUUAUUCGAUUGAAUCAUGUAAAAUUAUUUGGAAUAAUACUUGUAUCAUAUUUGUA